AUGGUAGAUAAAGGUCAAGUCAUCAGCCUCUGUCGUUCCCUGCUUCGGGCAGGGCGUCAGUACCCUGACUACAACAUCAGGGAGUACGCUAAGCGAAGGACCUUGGAUGGGUUCUGCACUAAGCGAAUGACCUUGGAUGGGUUCCGCAUGAACAAGAAUCUCACUGAUCAUUCUAAGGUGGAGGAGGCUUAUGCUGAAGGUAAGAAGCAGAUGGAGGUUGUAGAGAGGGUAGUGAAGGUUUACUUGGCAUAUCCUCCCAAGACCAAGAACAUCAUGGAACUCAAGCUUCAGUAG